UAAAAAAAUCUUCCGUUUUCCAAUCUCCAAUUCCUUCCGAAUUUUUCAAUUCCCUCCUAUUUUUUCUGCACUCCCAACAUCUCCUUGGAUUAAUUUGCAGAAUAUGGAUAUCCGCCAAAGCCGUAGUUGGAUGUAUAAUAGACUAAUGCCUGGUCGAAGGGGCCUUACUGAUGAAUUUCUAAAAGGGGUAGAUGAAUUUGUGUCUUUUGCAAUUCAACGAGACACGUCGAAUAAAGAAAUUAGAUGUCCUUGUUCUAAAUGCAAAAAUAUGAAAUUCUUAGAUCCCGAAGAAGUUAAAGUUCAUAUUUAUUCGCGGGGGUUCAAACCUGAUUAUUGGUACUGGACAUGCCACGGAGAAAGUGAUCCGGAGUUGUGUGUAGAGUUUACUACUCAACAUAAGAAAAAACCUACACAAGAGAGACAAAACAACCAUAAUCAAAUUCACUGGGAUCAAAAGUUUCAUGAUGUACUUCAUGCAGUUCAGAAGCCAUUGUCGUUAGGAAUAAAGAAAAAACUAAAAAAUGGCCGUCGAAUGAAAUCUACUACAGUAGCACGAAGGUUGUAUUAUCACGACUCAUGUUCUUCAUCAACUAAAUGGGUACAGAGACAUGAGCUUGAAGAAUUUAGAAAUGAAAUAAAGCAGCAGAGACACGAGGUUGAAGUAUUUAGAAAUGAAAUAAAGCAGCUUCGAGAGACAUUGGCAAAACAAAGAUGAAUGAUAAACCAACUGAUGAAAAGAUGAACAAGAGACUAAGUUUAUGAUAUGAGGUGUUCUGUGUAAAAUUUUAUGUUGCAUUUUGUCAUACGUACUCAGUUAUACUUAUUACUGAUUUUGGUUGUUACGUACAUUUACAUGUUUAAUGUUCUCAAAUAUUUUUGGUGUGUAUA